CACUCCUUGCGUAGCCUCAGAUUUCACUUCCUGUUUACGUUCCGUAAAUGACGUCACGUCGAUAAGACUGGAGCACCGGUGCGAGAGCGGGACCUUCGGUUUGAGCUGUAUCGCUCAGAUUUAAGAACGAAGCAAGCUACCCGGGCUGCUAAGCGAAGCUAAUGCUAAUAUUUGAAAGCUAGGUAUUUGAAAACGAAAGCAAUACAACUUCAAGACAGUGCCCAGUUUCUUUAAGGAUGGAGAGCAAAUACAACCUUAAGAGUCCAGCGGUGAAGAGGCUGAUGAAGGAGGCUGCUGAACUGAGGGAUCCCACAGAGCACUAUCAUGCCCAACCACUAGAAGACAAUCUCUUUGAGUGGCACUUUUCUGUUCGUGGUCCUCCAGACUCUGAUUUUGAUGGUGGGGUUUACCACGGCAGGAUCAUACUUCCCCCAGAAUACCCCAUGAAACCUCCCAGCAUCAUCCUACUCACACCAAAUGGGAGAUUUGAAGUUGGGAAGAAGAUUUGUCUGAGCAUCUCUGGCCACCAUCCUGAAACCUGGCAGCCCUCUUGGAGUAUUCGCACUGCCCUCAUAGCUAUAAUUGGAUUCAUGCCAACAAAAGGAGAGGGUGCCAUUGGAUCUCUCGAUUAUACUCCUGAAGAGAGAAGAGCCCUUGCCAAAAAGUCCCAGGACUUCUGCUGUGAGACCUGUGGCUGUACCAUGCGCUCUGCCCUCCUGGAUCUAACCCCCAAUAGCAACCCUGGUGCUGAAGACCAUACGGCUAAAGAACUGGCUCAGCAAAUCAACUUUAAGGCAGAGUCCAGUUAUCCAGAGAAUCUAGUGAGAAUGAAGGAGGAGAAAGUGAACCUUCAACCCACACCCAGGGACCCUCCUCUGCAAGCCAAGAAGCUGAAAAAGACCAGGCCGAACAGGUAG